GGAGGCGCCGCCGCGCGGGGGGCCGGGCCGUGUCCGUCUGUUUAUUUGUCUGUCCGUGGAGCUCCGCCAGGGCUGCCGGGGCAUCCGCCCGCCCCUGUGUCAGGCGCUGUCUGUCCGUCGGUCGGUCUGUCUGUCUGUCCUGAGUCUCCGGCUGUCCCCGUGUCAGGCUCGGGUCUGUCUGUCUGUCCUGAGUCUCCGGCUGUCCCCGUGUCAGGCUCGGGUCUGUCUGUCCUGAGUCUCAGGCUGUCCGUGUGUCUUGGGUGCUGGUCGGUGCAGGGCUGAUCAGUGCCUGGGUCCCCCCGAGGCUGGGAGAGGAGGCAGCAUGUCUGUGGCUGGGCUGAAGAAGCAGUUCUACAAAGCGAGCCAGCUGGUCAGCGAGAAGGUCGGUGGAGCUGAAGGGACCAAGCUUGACGAUGACUUCAAAGAAAUGGAAAAGAAAGUGGACGUUACCAGCAAGGCGGUCACAGAAGUAUUAACCAGAACUACAGAAUACCUGCAACCCAACCCAGCUUCCAGAGCCAAGCUAACGAUGCUCAACACGAUGUCGAAGAUCCGAGGGCAGGUGAAAAACCCCGGCUAUCCGCAGUCGGAAGGGCUCCUGGGGGAGAGCAUGAUCCGGUAUGGGAAGGAGUUGGGCGACGAAUCCAAUUUCGGUGAUGCACUCCUUGAUGCUGGUGAAGCUAUGAAACGAUUGGCUGAAGUGAAAGACUCGCUGGAUAUUGAAGUCAAACAGAACUUUAUCGAUCCUCUCCAGAACCUGUGCGACAAAGACCUGAAAGAGAUCCAGCAUCAUCUUAAGAAGCUGGAGGGGAGGCGCCUGGACUUUGACUACAAGAAAAAACGUCAGGGGAAGAUCCCGGACGAGGAGCUCCGCCAGGCCCUGGAGAAAUUUGAAGAGUCCAAGGAAAUAGCUGAGACUAGUAUGCACAACCUUCUGGAGACUGACAUUGAGCAAGUGAGCCAACUCUCAGCCCUGGUGGAUGCCCAGGUCGAUUACCACAGACAAGCAGUGCAGAUCCUGGAUGAGCUCGCAGAGAAACUCAAACGCAGAAUGAAGGAGGCCUCUUCACGCCCCAAGCGGGAGUACAAACCUAAACCCAGAGAGACGUACGAUUUUGGAGACGCCGACCAAUCCAACGGAGGCUUUUCUUGCAACCCCACCCCCAAAGUCUCAGCUCACCUGGACCAGCCGUGCUGCAAGGCGCUCUAUGACUUUGAACCCGAAAACGACGGCGAGCUGGGCUUUAGGGAGGGUGACAUCAUCACGCUGACCAAUCAGAUUGACGAAAACUGGUAUGAGGGCAUGAUCAACGGCCAGUCUGGGUUCUUCCCGCUCAACUACGUGGAAGUGCUGGUCCCGCUACCUCAGUGAAACUGCAUCUCCCCCCCCCCCCUCCUCCCCCACCAGAUACAAACUCACGGCGGGGCGAGCCCUGCUCUUCUCCUGCAUUCCAUUUUGUAACUCAACACUAGGCUUCUUCUGCGGGGCGGGGCUGUGAGAACGGGAUGGUGUUCGCUCUGCCCAGGCGCUGGAGCGGUGUAAGGAUAGCAGCGGGGAACAAGCCCCAAGGGCUGGGCAGCCCCAUUCAAGUUCUUCCUUCUGGGCCUUGAACUAGGUACUUUCAACCCCACCAGGCUCCUCCCACUUUGUACAAUAAGCCAAGUCGAGCA